CUGCCGAGUCUUGAGGCUCUGCCCGGGUUUGCCAUUGGGUUGCCGGGGAGAGAAGAGAGGAGCGGUUAUGCGGUUAUGAGGGCGCACAGGUCCGACGGGCGGGUCUGGGAAUAAGAGGAAAUGAAUUUACAUCGUAGGUACGGAGUAGAACUAGUCUAUUGGAAUUCCUGUUCGGCCAGGGGUGAGGGGUGGCCCUGUGUGCGUUCUCGCCAGGCCCUCAGGGCUGAAAGUGAAAGGUAUGGGGGAGAAAUCUCGGCAUGAGUUCGGGCAGUCGUAAUGUUUUUUAUUUUAUUUUUUCCCGCUCUUUUCUCAGCCCACAAGUUUUCCACGAUUUCUCCGCUGGGCAGGCAACAAAUCCAACUACAUCUUUCAUCGGUCCCCGAAUUCCUCUCUCUCUCUCUUCACACGAGUACGGCGAUAGGUCGUGGUGGCAGUGAUUUCUGCCCCUUUUCGUUUUAUUCAACAAACAACGCUGCGGCACUUAUCUCUUCUUCUUCGUUAUCGAAACAACCCUGCGCCUCUGCUUGCACCCCCCCGUCGGGGCCGAAUGGGGGAGGGAUGCCGCUGCCUGCGCCGGCUGCCUGUCUGGCGAACCGAGCUCCCCUUUCGUCCGGAAACCAAGUAGCCAGAAAGAACCUGGGCCGAGCUAGCUCCCUUUUCGUCCGGAACGCACAGACCCGCAGAAGCCGGCGGACCUGGUGGGCCCAUUGCGGGCCUUCCGGCCGGGAGGGGCCCCACACGCGCCGGUCGAAGAAAUUGCGUUUAGCUCAUGGAACCUGUCGUCGCACGCAUGUGCCCACACGUUCGUUCCUCGGCUAUCCCCCUCUUUCGUUGGAAAUGUACCUUCCUUUCUCUUCCGCUACGAUUGUACCUCGAGGCCGCGCAAGAACACUCGAUUUCGACCGCCGCCAGACGUUGACGUAGCCACCGUCCGAGGCAUUCCUGCCGCGGAAAGAUUCAGCAAGUUGAAACGCUACUUGGGCGGGGCAAGGAAGAAAGAAUGGGUUUCGGGGACGGGCGGAGCAUUCCUUGUUUUUCUUGUUUUCUCGCUUGCAUAAUAUAUCUUAUUCCCGGUGGUCCAAGUGGGGGUGGCCAUCCAGCGCCGUCUUAUCAGUGAGCGAGCUCUCGGUGUCUAGGCGUACCAUUCGGCUAUCCGAAUCUCGCGCGCGUAUGUG